AUGACAACCAAUGUUUAUUGUCUAUACUUGUGCAAUUUUGUAGAUGGAGUUUUAACAUUGAAUGCGGAGAACACUAAUUAUGCCUAUCAAGUUCCAAACUUCCAUAAAUGUGAUAUCUGUCUGCUAUCUUUUCCAAAAGAGACACAGUUUCAACGCCACAUGAGGGAUCACGAGCAAAAUGAUAAGCCACAUCGAUGUGACCAGUGUCCCCUUUCAUUUAAUGUUGAGUUCAACCUGACACUUCAUAAAUGUACCCACAACGGGGAAGAUCCUACCUGUCCUGUCUGUAACAAGAAAUUCUCCAGAGUGGCUAGUCUCAAAGCGCAUAUUAUGCUACAUGAGAAGGAAGAGAAUCUCAUCUGUUCUGAAUGUGGGGAUGAAUUUACUCUUCAGAGCCAAUUGUCCAUACACAUGGAAGAACACCGGCAGGAAUUGGUUGGGAACCGAAUUUAUGCUUGCAAAUCCUGCAAGAAAGAGUUUGAAACUUCUUCACAACUCAAGGAACACAUGAAAACUCAUUAUAAAAUAAGGGUAUCAAAUACAAGGUCAUAUAAUCGGAAUAUUGACAGAAGUGGAUUCACAUAUUCAUGUCCACAUUGUGGAAAGACCUUCCAAAAACCAAGCCAGUUAACUCGACAUAUUAGGAUACACACAGGUGAAAGACCAUUUAAAUGUAGUGAAUGUGGAAAAGCUUUUAACCAGAAGGGGGCAUUGCAGACCCAUAUGAUUAAACAUACUGGUGAAAAACCCCAUGCUUGUGCCUUUUGUCCUGCAGCCUUUUCUCAGAAAGGAAAUCUUCAGUCACAUAUACAGAGAGUUCAUUCAGAGGUCAAGAAUGGUCCUACGUAUAAUUGCACAGAAUGCAGUUGUAUAUUCAAAAGUUUAGGUAGCUUAAAUACUCACAUCAGCAAGAUGCAUAUGGGUGGACCACAGAAUUCAGCAAGUUCUACUACAGAGUCUACUCAUAUUACAACGGAUUCAUUAUCCCCGUCACAAAAUACUACUUCUACUACACUAUUACAACCAGUUGAUAAUAAAUGGAAAAAUGCCACACUUUUUCAACCUUCACCUCUCCAACAGACAGAAACCUCAGCAACUUCAUCAGCAAGUCAACAAGGCCCACAGGCAGUGACUGAUGUCAUCCAGCAGCUUUUGGAGCUGUCGGAACCAGGGCAAGUUGAAACAAAUCCAUCUCCACAACCAGGCCAGCAAUUAAAUAUUGCAGUGGGAAUCAAUCAGGACAUUUUACAGCAAGCCUUAGAAAACAGUGGGCUGUCUUCAAUUCCAGUUGCAGCACAUCCUAAUGACUCCAACCAAACUAAGACUCCUGCAUCUCAGAUUCAAAAUCCAGAUAUUCACAGUGUUUCAAAUGAGCCACCAGACCCUACAGAAGCAGAACAAGAUAAAGAACAGGAAACUUCAGAUAAAUUGGAUAAGAAAGAAAAGAAGGUUAUAAAGAAGAAGUCACCAUUUCUGCCUGGUUCAAUUCGUGAAGAGAAUGGGAUAAGAUGGCAUGUGUGUCCAUAUUGCACAAAAGAAUUUAAAAAACCCAGUGACCUAGUGCGCCAUAUUCGAAUUCAUACUCAUGAAAAACCAUUUAAAUGUCCACAGUGUUUCCGGGCUUUUGCUGUGAAGAGCACUCUUACUGCUCACAUAAAAACUCACACUGGCAUCAAAGCAUUUAAGUGCCAAUACUGUAUGAAAUGUUUUUCCACCUCAGGAAGUUUGAAAGUUCAUAUCAGACUUCAUACAGGAGUUAGACCUUUUGCGUGUCCUCACUGUGACAAAAAAUUUAGAACAUCAGGCCAUAGGAAGACCCAUAUUGCAUCCCACUUUAAGCAUACUGAACUAAGGAAAUUGAGACAUCAGCGUAAACCUGCCAAAGUUCGAGUAGGCAAAUCGAAUGUUCCAGUGCCAGAUAUUCCUUUGCAAGAACCAAUUCUCAUAACUGACUUAGGUCUUAUUCAGCCAAUCCCAAGAAACAGCCAGUUUUUCCAAAGUUACUUUAAUAAUAAUUUUGUCAAUGAAGCAGAUAGACCAUACAAAUGUUUUUAUUGUCAUCGAGCAUAUAAAAAGUCUUGCCACCUUAAGCAACAUAUCAGAUCACACACGGGUGAGAAACCUUUUAAAUGUUCUCAGUGUGGAAGAGGUUUUGUGUCUGCAGGAGUGCUGAAAGCACACAUCCGAACACAUACGGGACUGAAAGCUUUCAAGUGUCUUAUAUGUAAUGGAGCUUUUACUACUGGUGGUAGCCUAAGGAGACAUAUGGGUAUCCAUAAUGAUCUUCGGCCUUAUAUGUGUCCAUAUUGUCAAAAAACAUUUAAGACCUCUUUAAAUUGUAAAAAACACAUGAAGACACAUAGAUAUGAACUUGCCCAACAACUACAACAGCACCAACAAGCUGCUUCAAUAGAUGAUACCACAGUAGAUCAGCAGACCAUUCAUGUUUCUACUCAGAUGCAAGUGGAAGUGGAAAGUGAUGAACUGAGACAAAGUGAAGCUGUCACUGCUGACCAUGAAGCUAUUUUGGAACUGGACCAGCAGCAUGUAGUAGGUCCAGAAGAAACAGAACUUGGACAACAGUUGACAGACCAACCUUUGGAGCCAGAUGAAGGUUUUGCUGUGACUGAUACAUUUAAUCAGAAUCAAUUUCCACCUGUCCAACAACUACAAGAUUCUAGCACACUAGAAUCUCAGGCUCUUUCAACCAGUUUCCAUCAACAGAACCUGCUUCAAGUUCCUAAUACAGACACUAUUAAUGUAACAACUCGUUUGAUUCAAGAACAUUCACAAGAAGAAAUGGAACUACAAACUCAACGACCACAGUUUCUUGAGGACAAUGAAGAUCAAAGUAGACGGGCUUACAGAUGUGAAUAUUGCAACAAAGGUUUUAAGAAAUCCAGUCACUUAAAACAGCACGUACGAUCACAUACUGGUGAGAAGCCUUAUAAAUGCAAGCUCUGUGGACGUGGAUUUGUUUCCUCAGGCGUUCUCAAGUCCCAUGAGAAGACACACACAGGUGUAAAAGCAUUCAGCUGUAAUAUCUGUAAUGCCUCCUUCACUACCAAUGGUAGUCUCACCAGACAUAUGGCAACUCACAUGAGCAUGAAGCCUUACAAGUGUCCAUUCUGUGAGGAGAGUUUCCGAACAACAGUUCACUGCAAAAAGCAUAUGAAGAAGCACCAGACUGUCUCUUCUCCAGUAGCAACAGCUGGAGAGGGAGGAGGAGGAGUUGCAUGCAUGGAGGAAGAAGAUGAAAAUUCUGAACGAACAGCACCUAGAAAAUCUCGUCCAGGGGUCAUUACUUUCACAGAAGAAGAAACAGCAGAACUGGCAAAAAUCAGACCACGAGAAAGUGCUACAGUUUCUGAAAAAGUACUUGUCCAGUCUGCUGCAGAAAAAGACCGAAUCAGCGAAAUAAAGGAUAAGCAGGCUGAACUUGAAGCAGAGCCAAAAUAUGCCAACUGUUGCACCUAUUGUCCCAAAAGCUUUAAAAAACCCAGUGACUUAGUGAGGCAUGUCCGAAUCCAUACUGGAGAAAAGCCAUAUAAAUGUGAUGAAUGUGGAAAAAGUUUUACAGUUAAGUCUACUCUGGAUUGCCAUGUAAAGACACACACAGGUCAGAAGCUUUUCAGUUGUCAUGUAUGCAGUAAUUCUUUUUCUACAAAAGGUAGCCUGAAAGUUCAUAUGCGUCUACAUACGGGAGCAAAGCCUUUCAAGUGUCCUCAUUGUGAUUUACGUUUCCGUACUUCUGGACGAAGGAAAACCCACAUACAAUGUCAUUAUAAACCAGAAAACAAGAAAAUUAGGAAGCCCAUGUCCCGUAGUCCAAAUGAGAGCUUGCAGCCAGUUGGUCUCCUUAAUUCUUCUUCAGCAGACCCCAAUGUGUUCAUUAUGAAUAACUCAGUGCUGACAGGACAAUUUGAUCAAAAUUUGCUUCAACAAGGACUUGUUAGUCAGGCCAUUCUCCCUGCUUCCAUGUCAGCCGGUGGUGAUUUAACUGUGUCCUUGACAGAUGGUAGCCUGGCCACCCUGGAAGGCAUACAAUUACAAUUAGCUGGUAAUCUCGUUGGACCCAAUGUGCAAAUUUCUGGAAUUGAUGCCUCUAGUAUUAAUAAUAUUACAUUACAGAUUGAUCCUAGUAUUUUGCAGCAAACAUUACAGCAAAGUAAUAUACUUGCUCAACAACUAACUGGGGAACCUAAUUUAUCUACACAAAAUAACUCCCUUCAAACAUCUGACAACACAGUUCCAGCCAAUGUUGUCAUCCAGCCAAUUUCAAGUCUGUCUUUACAGCCCACAGUGACAUCUUCUGCUAAUAUGACAAUAGGACCAUUAUCUGAACAAGAUUCUAUGUUGACCUCUAGCAAUAACGGUACUCAAGAUCUUUCUCAAGUGAUGACCUCUCAAGGUCUGGUAUCCACUUCCAAUGGUCAGCAUGAGAUCACCUUGACUAUUAAUAAUUCAAGUCUCAGUCAAGUUUUAGCCCAUGCUGCUGGUUCCACUGCUCCAACAUCAUCAGGGUCUUCACAAGAAAUUACUCUCACCAUAUCUGGUCAAGAUCUUAUUCAACAUAAUGCUAAUGGAAAUAGUGAAUUAAAUGGAAGCAUACGGUUGUCAGCUCCUGCCGUCAGUAAUCAGCCUCCUGGUGCCACAUUAACAAUAAGUAAUGAUCAACUUCUCUCUCAGAGCACAACGUUAAACUCUUCAGACCUUAAUACUGCAGCUGGAAAUCUUCCUUCAGCAACAUCCAUGUCUCCAUCUACUAUAGCUACUCAAAAUCUUGUAAUGUCUUCUUCAGGAGUUGGAGGCGAUGCCAGUGUCACGUUAACUCUGGCUGACACUCAGGGUAUGCUUUCUGGUGGUCUUGAUGCAGUUACACUUAACAUCACUUCCCAGGCUCAGCAGUUCCCAGCUUUACUGACAGAUUCUUCUCUUUCUGGUCAAAGUGGGACAGGCUCACAGCAAGUAAUACUAGUGAGCCACACACCACAUUCAACUUCAGGCAAUUCUGAUGAACUUACCUAUCAGGUGACUGAUGUUUCACCAAACCUGAAUAAAAGCAGUCAGUCUGAAAAAGAAGGCCGAGUACACCAGUGUUUUGAAUGUAAUCGCACUUUUUCAUCUGCAACCAUGCUAAUGCACCAUAGCAAAGAGGUUCAUGGCAAAGAACGGAUCCAUGUUUGCCCCAUCUGUAGUAAAGCCUUCAAGAGGGCAACACAUCUCAAGGAGCAUAUGCAGACACAUCAAGCAGGUCCUUCUUUAAGUUCUCAGAAGCCAAGAGUAUUUAAGUGUGACACUUGUGAAAAGGCAUUUGCUAAACCAAGUCAACUAGAAAGACAUAGCAGAAUUCACACAGGAGAACGUCCUUUUCAUUGUACUCUUUGUGAAAAAGCAUUUAAUCAGAAGAGUGCACUUCAGGUACAUAUGAAAAAGCACACAGGAGAAAGACCAUACAAAUGUGAUUACUGUGCGAUGGGCUUUACACAGAAAAGUAACAUGAAACUCCAUAUGAAACGAGCACAUAGUUAUACUGGUACUUUACAGGAAUCAGCUAGUCAUCAAGAGCAAGAAGGGGAAGAUCUCCAUCGUGCGCUCCAUUUGGAAGAAGUUGGUCAAGAAACCUCAAAUGAAUGGCAGAGCCUAACCAACGUCUUUCGAUGAUAAUUUAAAUAAUACUUUCAACAACAAAAUUUCUGAAGUUAAAUUUUGAAAAGAGAAAAGCAUUUGGAUUUUUUGUUUGAAGCUUCGUGUUGAAAAUGUUAACAAGAAUAUGUGGUUUUUAGUUAUCAAACAUUAUUUAAAGAAUCAUUGUCUUUCAUAAGCUUGUAGGAGAAAAUAGGAAAAAGGUAAACUGUUUUGUGCUCAUUGAUCAACAAAUCAACGAACUCAGGUAAUGCAACAGGCAGUUUCAUCUUCUAAUCCACAGCCAAUAUAUCUUGUUUAGAAAACAAACAAACAAACAAAAAAAAAAAAAACAAAAAAAACUUUCAUUGGAUCUUAUCAUUGGGGUGUGAUUUCAUUGUAUUAGCAGAUUGCCAAUAUGGGGAAAGUAUGAGAAUUGAUACUUAACACUUUCUGUUAUAAGAAACCUAGCUUAAUAUUAAAAAUAUGAUAAGAGCAUGAAGUACAGGAAAGAAUGUGCAAUGCACAGUGAAAUAUUUUCCCCCUGCUCAUUUUUUUUCUGUACAUUUUGGCUAGUGGUAAUAAAUGACUUUUAUGUUAUGGUAAAUUAAUUAAACUGAUAUCCUGAGAGAUGGCUGGACCAAUUUUCUCUCAAAUAAAAGUAACUAAUCAUUAGUUAGCAUAUAGUAUCUGGGGCAUGAAAAUAACAAGUAGAGUGCAAAGGGUGAAUCUAAAGUACAAGUAAAAACUAAGCUGUCCUAACAAAAGUGAUUAGUAUUAGUAUAUAUACUGCAUAAAAAUAUAUUCAGCUCCUUGAGUUGGAUUCUUGCAGAAAGCACAAGCCAUAUUUUGAAGGCAGAAGGUACCUACCCUAUUAAACUAGACUCUCAGCACUGAAGCUCCCAUAGCUCAGGCUAUCCCAAGAAAUAAUAUUUUUCCGAGCUGUAAAAAUCUAGAAAUGCACCGGUAUUUUUCCUUUGUGUAUGUUGUUUUUUUUUAUUUCAAUGAAACUGCCUAAGCAAACUGCUUAAUUUUUUUUUUCCUGAAAGGUGCCACAUAAAUAUAUCCAUAACCAAAUUCAAACCUUAUACUGGAGUCUAGUGUAAGUCAUCCUUUCAACAUUCCAAAGAUGGAAAAUUCUUUGCUUCAUUUUAGUUUGUUCUUUUAAGAUUAUUUAUAUGUUCUAUAUAUAAAUAUGUAUGUAUAUAUACAGAUAUAUGGGCCUCUGUGUGGCUGAACAGUAUAUUUUGUAAAUAUAGUACUAGUCCCAAUUAUAGAGAGAGUUCAUCAAAGUUUUCAACUUCACAUGAGCACUUCUAGAUCAGUAUUGUAUUCAUUUUAUUAAUAAAUGAAUAUUCAUUUUAUUAUAAUGUAAUAUAA